AUGAUCGCCUCAACUAUUUUCUGGGCAGCGGGUGCAAUCGCAUCCCUUGCUUCCGCAUCUUCUUGUCCUGGAGGCAACUUUAAACCCAACGCUGAGUCCCAGACAAUAGUAGCUGCCAGUUACGUCGAUAUUUGGAAUGGAGACUUCAGUCUCGAAAACAGGACAUUCGCCCCUGACGUGGUCUUAUACCAGGACCGACUGCCUGGUCCCGGUGGCUCCGAAGACUUGCCGGUGGGUUCCUCUGCCGAGUUCAUCGAGUUUAUGAGGCUGGCCCGCUUUGGCUGGAAUCAUUAUAAAUUUGACAUUCGUAAUCUGGCUUUUGACGGGUACAAUGUUGUUAUCCGAUGGGCCCUCAAUGCAACAGUUGGACCACGCGACAAGAUGCUUAUUCCUAUCAACAAACCAGAGGGAACGGACAUUACCUUCAAUGGUACAGACUGGCUCUACCUGGAUGAAUGCACGUUCAAGAUUAAGCAGGUAGACUCGGCGCAAGAUUACAUUAGAGAGUUGUACCUGGAGGGAAUUACCGAGAUCAAGAUCUAG